CCACUUUAAAGAUCGCUUUCGGGGAUCGGUUUAGUCGUUGGCUGGAUAUUCACGGAUAAGACCACAAAAAUGGACUUAAACAACUGCGGCUUCAUCGACCCGCAGGCGCAACUGUCUGCAGCUUUGGCCAAGAAAGACAUCCGACAGUUCAAAGCCGCCCUGGACUGCGGUGCCCAAGCCGACCUGCAGGACGACCGCGGCACGAGCAUCUUCGAGAAGGCGCUCUCCACACCGGGCUGCAGGGACUUUAUAGAGGCUUGCCUCGACCACGGCAGUCAGGUCAACCACAUCAAUCAGAAGCUGAACAAGGCCGCAGUCAACUAUGCCGCCGACUCGAGGGAUCCCGGAAACCUCGCAGCUCUUCUGAAUCCCCGUCCGGGCCAAAAGGUCCAGGUUGAUAGAAAGUACGCGCAACUCACGCCACUAAACUCGCUGGCCAAGAAUCUCACAGAGGAGAAUGCCCCGGCGGUGCUAUCCUGCAUGAAGCUUCUGCUGGGCAACGGCGCCUCGCCCAACACCGUGGACCAGAGUGAGUUUACACCCCUGCAUCAUGUGCUCAGGAAGAGCAAGGUCAAGGUCGAGAAGCAGGAAUUCGUUCAACUCUUUCUGGCUCAACCGGAGCUGGACAUCGAUAGCUACCGAAAAGGAGAGGUACGCCGGCUGCUGCAGGCGCAGUACCCGGAGCUCACACUGCCGGAAGAGCGCCAGACCGGGCCGGAGAUCGACAUCCAGACCCUCCAACGGACCCUGCGGGACGGAGACGAAGAACUGUUCGAGCAGCAGUUAGCAGAAUACCUGCAGAGUCAUAAAGAUGCCCAUAAGGACAACCAACUGAACACCCACCAGGAGGAGUUCUUUAGUCUGCUGCAGGAAAGCAUCAAGAAAGGCAGGCAGAGAGCCUUUGAAGCCAUUCUAAAGACUGGCAUCGACAUCAACUCGAGGCCUGGUUCGCCCAACGAAGCGAGUCCCGUCGAGACUGCCGUAAUUUAUGGCAACUGGCAAGCCCUGGAGCGACUGCUAACGGAGCCAAGCCUACGGCUGUCCAAGGAUUCCAAGCUACUUAACGCGGUGAUUAGUCGUCUCGAGCAACAGCCAUAUGAUGGAUUCAACCACCAGCGCUGUUUCGAUUUGCUCGUAGACUCCGAUCGCGUGGACAUCAACGAGGCUGACUCGGGGCGUCUGGUGCCCCUUUCCUAUGCGGUGUUAAAUCGCAAUACGAAGGCGAUGAAGAAACUCCUGAACAACGGCGCCUACAUUGGCUCCAAGAGCGCCUUUGGAACGCUGCCCAUCCAAGACAUGCCACCCGAAGUUCUCGAAGAGCAGUUCGACUCCUGCAUCACCACAAACGGAGAGAAGCCGGGUGAACGAAAUUUUGAGAUCAUCAUCGAUUACAAGAACCUGAUGCGCCAGGAGAGGGAUUCUGGUGCGGGCAAGCCUUCCGCUCCUUCCAAUCAGCUGCACGACGAGAUGGCCCCAAUCGCGUUCAUCGCCGAUUCAAAGGAGUUUCGCCACCUGCUGCAGCACCCGCUGAUCUCGAGCUUCCUCUUCCUUAAGUGGCACCGGCUAUCCGUGAUCUUCUACUGUAACUUCCUGCUCUACUCGCUCUUCACCGCCUCCAUUAUCGCCCACACUCUCCUAAAGUACCACGAGAGCGAUCUCAGAGCUCUUACCGUCGUUUUCGGAAUCCUCUCCUGGCUGGGAAUUGGCUACCUCAUAAUUCGGGAGUGCACCCAGUGGAUUAUGUCUCCAGUUCGGUAUUUUUGGUCUAUAACAAACAUCAUGGAGGUGGCUCUGAUAAUCUUAUCCAUCUGUACCUGCAUGGAAUCCAACUUCGACAAGGAGACGAAACGCGUGCUGGCCGUCCUAACCAUCUUAUUGGUCGCCAUGGAGUUCUGUCUGCUGGUGGGCUCCCUGCCAGUGCUUUCCAUUUCCACCCACAUGCUCAUGUUGCGCGAAGUCUCGGGCACUUUCGUGAAGAGCUUCGGCCUCUACUCGAUCUUCGUACUGACCUUCAGUCUGUGCUUCUACAUCCUCUUCGGUAAGGCAAAAGUGUCUGCGGAGGGGGCAGAGGACGAUGGGGACUUCAACACCUUCUCCAAGCCCAUCGAGGCCCUGAUCAAGACCAUUGUGAUGCUGACGGGCGAGUUCGAUGCCGGAGACAUCAAGUUCACGAGUGUCUACACCUACCUUAUCUUCCUCCUCUUCGUGAUCUUUAUGACAAUUGUGCUGUUCAACCUGCUGAACGGUCUGGCCGUGAGCGAUACUCAGGCUAUCAAGGCGCAGGCGGAACUGAACGGUGCCAUUUGCAGGACCAACGUCUUGAGUCGAUAUGAACAGGUUCUUACUGGCCACGGGCGGGCUGGGUUUUUAAUGGGCAAUAAUUUCUUACGGAGCAUCUGCCAACGUUUGAUGAACAUCUACCCCAACUACUUAAGCCUCCGCCAGAUAACUGUGCUGCCGAACGAUGGGAGCAAGGUGCUCAUACCUAUGAGCGAUGACUUCGAGCUGAAGACCCUUAAGGGCAACAACCAGGCGAGCUUCCAGCAGUUGCCCAUGAGUCCGAAUGUGCCCCAAAAGAAACUGCUGGACCCUCCAGUAAAACUCCUGCCCUGCUGCUGCUCCGUGCUCACCGGAAAAUGCUCCCAGAUGGACGGCCGAACCGUCAAAUUGGCCCUGGCGGUGAUCGACAAGAAGAAAAGCAUGGAGCAGAGCCGAAAGCAGGAGCAGAUCAAAGACGGUCGCUUAAAGCUAAUCGAGCACAGGCUGGAGCAGGUGUUACAGCUGCUCCAGGAUCGAAACUGAUGGACCCUAUGUUAUUAUUCUAGCUAUAGUAUUUAUUAGGCUAAUCAACUUUUGAGAUCUUUGCAUUUAACUUUGAAUUAAAGCAGCCGAGUUAGUCGGAAGUUAUUUA